AUGGACCCUUCCAAGGGGGGCGGUGCACCCAGGAACCCUCCUAAGGGUGGUGACACACCCAGUUUUGGCGGAGCCCCCAGCGAGUCUCCCAAGGACGGCGGCGCCCCAGGGAACCUCCAAGGGGCGGUAGUGAUCCCAGGGACCCUCCAAGGGACGACGGCGCCCCAGGGACACCACCACCCCCAGGAACCCUACCAGGACAGAAGCGCUCCCAGGGAUCCUACCAGGAACAGCUGUGCCCCAGAUAACCCCAGGGUCGGGGGAAUCCCAGGGACCUUCCCAAGGGCGGCAGCGCCCCUAGGGACCCUCACAGGGACGUCGGUUCCCCUAGAGACCCUCCCAGUAGUGCUGGCGCCCCCAGAGAACAUACCAGAGAUGGCAGCGUCUACAGCAGUGGUUCUCAACCUUGGAUGGCAGCGCCCCUAUGGACCGUUCCAGGACCCUUCAGACGGAGGCGGCACACCCAGGGGCGGCGGCAACCCCAGAGACUCUUCCAAGGGCAGCGGCACACCCAGAGACCCUCCCAUGGGCGGCUGCACCCCCAGGGACUCUUCCAGGGACCCCCAGGGCCCUUACAAGUGUAGCAGCGCCCGCAUGGACCCUCACAAGGGCCCUCUCAAUGGCGGUAGCACCCUCAGGGGGUUUCCCAGGUGUGGUGACGCCCCCAGGGCCCAUGAAGGGGCAGCGGCGCCCCAAGGGACCCUCCCAGGGGCGUCAGCGCCUCCCGGCGCCCUCUCAGUGGCGGCAACGCCCCCAGGGGCCUCCCAGGAGUGGACCUUCCCAGCGGCGGCAGCGCCCCCAGGGACCCAUCCAAGGGCGACACCGCACCCAGGGACCCUCUCAGGGGCAGCAGCAUCCCCAGCGACACUUCCAAGAGUGGCUGAACACCCAGGGACAGCGGCGCCCCCAGGGAUCCUUCCAAUGAUGGCGGCGCACCCUGAGACCCUCCUAAGGGCAGUGAUACACCCAGGGACAUUGGUGGCCCAGGGAGACCCCCAGUGGCAGCGGCACCCACAGGGGCAGCAGCGCCCCCAGGGAGUCUCCGAGGGGUGGUGGCACCCCCAGGGACUCUCCGAGGGUACAAACUAUUGCUUCUACAGCUCUGUAGCAAUGUGA